UUAAGGCGAGCCGCCGCAGCCACCAGAUUUAGGCGGCUAAGCCAGUUUAGCCAGCAGCCGACAAAAAUUGGGCGGCUCAGACCUCUACCCACAAGCUCGUUUGCAAGCAUGCAGUUAGCUCAAUUUGCUUUCUUUCCUUACAAUUAGCUGCAAGACUUUCUUCGUCAAUCGACACGAGCGUCGAUCCGUGCGACGAUUUCUACCAGUUUGCAUGCGGAGGAUGGAUCGAAAAACACCCUGUUCCCGACGGUGCCUCGCACGUGGACCAGUUUCAACUCCUCAAAGAUCAAAGCAUGAAUCAAAUCAGAGAAAUGCUCGAGGCUGACAACUCAUAUUUGACGGCGAUUCCUUUGGUGCAGGCGAGAAGUUUGUACCGAAGCUGCUUGGAUGAAGAAAAAAUAGAAAAGAAGGGUGUGAAGCCUAUUCUGGAAGUUUUACGCUCUCUAGGGCUACCGCAAGUGCCAACGUUGAAGAAACGAGAAAGAUUUUCGUGGCAAAGGGCUUUAAUCAACGCAGAAAAAAUGCUGGGCGAUAGCAUUUUCUUCUCAUUAGACGUCAUCCAGCAUCCAUUAAACAACUCCAUACACGUCUUGCAGGUACAUAAAGGGAGCUAUGAGGAGUUUCCAGAGCCCAAAUGUCAGGGAGAUAGAGAUACUGUAGAAGCUUUUAUUGCUAAUUACAUCAACAUGUUCAUCAAACACGUUCCAGGCGCCACUGUGGACGCGAAACGAAUGGCAAGCGAUAUAUACACGUUUCACUCGGAACUGAAAAACAUGACGACAAAUGCGGGGCAUUACCAGGAAAUGACCCUGAGGGAAUUUCAGGAGAUCACCGACUCGCAUAUCAGCAAAAACUCUACCAAUAGGUUUAACUGGUCUGUGUACUUCAAACAAGUUCUUGAUGGCGACGAAAACACCAGCCUUAAGGUAAAAGAAAAGGACAGGUGGAUUAUAGUUAGAGAUCAGCAAUAUUUCGAGCGGUGGUCGCGACUGCUUCAAACCAGCAGACCUGAAUUGAUCGAGAUGUGCAUCUGGUGGAGAGUGUUUUCAUCCCUUGCCCCUUACACAACAAGAGAAUUCCAAAUGAGGCAGCAAAAACUCUGGCAGAAGGUCGGUGGCACCCGCAUAAUUACUCCAAGGUGGAAGGUUUGCGUGGAAAUGGUCAACAAAGCGUACGGAUAUAUCGUUAACUUUGAAUACGCUAAAAUUCACCUCGAUAAAGAGCUGAGAGAACAGGCAUUAUGGAUGUUUAGUGUAAUUAAAAAAUACGUUAAACGUUAUGGCACGGAAUUGAAUUGGAUAGACGCAGAGACCAAGAAACUGGGACUAAAGAAAAUCGAAUCACUAAGAGCCAAUGUGGUUAACCACGAUGAGCCGCUGUUCCCCAGCAAACUAGAGCAAUUUUACUCCUUGAUUAAUUUCAUCGAUGGUGAUUUGUUUGAGUUGCAUUUGAAGAUUCUGGCCACCUUGGAAGCGUCAAAGUUGAAUUCAUUGUACCUUACGCCGAAGAGAGAGCCUACUUUAGUAUAUGACAGUGACCAGAUCAAGGCGAACGUCCAUUAUGAUCCGGAAACCAAUUCGAUUUCAAUCCCAGUAAGCUUGUUGCAACCUCAAAUUCAUGAACUUCUUACAAGGCAAGUGAAUAUUUUAUAGAUUUUAAUGGCGCAAGAAAGAGAAUAUGUGUUGCAGCUCUGUGGAGUUCGCUGCGCUCAGCACUCUAAUUAGCUUUGAAUUCACCCGCGCCUUCAACAAAGGGCAUGUGAAGAGGUUUAAAGAAGCGUCAAUUUGUAACGAAAAUCACAAUGAGAGCAAUACCACAACCGCGAAUGAACUACGAGACGGGGAAAGUCUGGUAAUGCAAGACGAAUGGCAGGCCUACAUCUUAGGGCUGCGGAGUUCCUUCAAUGCGUACACCUUUAAUAAUGCCCCUCACUGUGUGGAAGAUUACUCACAAAAGCAAAUCUUUUUCCUUAGUUUCGCGAACAUGUGGUGUUCGAACACGUCGCCCAACUCUGUGAAUAAUUUGGUUCCUGGCCGGUCCAUGGUUCUGGGAGCCCUGUCAAAAAUGAACGAGUUUGCGGAAGCGUGGAGUUGUCCAAAAGGCUCUAAAAUGAAUCCCUAAUGAGAACAUUACAAAGAUAAAAAUUAUUAUUGAGUCUAAACCAAAAUUUUCCAUUUUGCUGCUGCUAGAAAUGUAUUUAAUAUAUAAAUAAAUGGACGCCAGGGUUUAGCAUGUUAUUCCUUUUUUGCAUUGCCCUUUUUGU